CCAAACUGCUGCAGAGAUAAUAAUGGCGAUGCACAGAGUUAGAUCAGUGUUUGCCCUUUCCAAAUGCAAAUCCAAAUUGAGCUUUUCUUUCUUCCAUUUAACUUCAACUCGCUGUUUCUCUUCAUCGAAACUCCCAUCUCUGUUAGACAGGGUUGGAUUCAUUGGACUAGGAAACAUGGGAUCGCGAAUGGCUAGUAACUUGAUUAAAGCAGGAUACAGUGUCACCAUUCAUGAUGUCAAUCCUAAUGUAAUGAAGAUGUUCUCAGAAAAGGGAAUUCUCACAAAAGAAUCACCUUCUGAAGUUGCAGAAACAAGUGAUGUUGUAAUUACGAUGUUGCCUUCACCAAUUCAUGUAUUGGAUGUUUACACUGGACCAAAUGGUUUGCUUCAUUGCGGAAGCGGAGAUCCUUUAAGGCCGUGGUUAUUUAUAGAUUCAUCUACCAUUGAUCCUCAAACAUCAAGAAAACUUUCUAUGGCUGUAUCUAAUUGUGCUUUGAAAGCAAAGAAAGGUUUAGAAGAUUUUUCAGAAUCUUAGAAAGUUGUAUCAAGGCUUCCACCAGCAAAAUCAUGCACAGGUGCAUGCCUUCUUUUCAUAACAUGUGCCUUUGACAUGUAAGUUUGUGUCGGUUAUGGUCAUCUUUGAACGGGCUCAGACUCAAAGUUAAUAAUCUAGAUUCAGUUGUAGCAUUUCACAUAUGGCAUUGCUACAUGUAUUUGCCUUCAAAUGCCAUGAUCAGAACCCACAAAUUAGUGGCCACGUUGUGUUGUCAAUAAGGAGGCCAUAACAUAAAUGUUUCCUGAUAUUGAUACGAAAUAUUAACUAGGCAAUGGCAAUGGGAAUAUGUUUUGCAAAUUCCAUUCACAUUUCUACAAGGAAUGUUGUGUGUAGAUUACGGG